AUGCUUGACACAGAAGGCUCAGCACUGGAGCGUGGAGCUCAGUGGGUUAUGAUCGGUGAACCUGGAGCUAAGAGACACAUGUUCGCGGAAAGACUCUCGAAGCUUCUAGAAGUUCCGCACAUUUCCAUGGCAUCGCUUCUUCAUCAAGAAUUCAACCCUCGUUCUUCUCUCUAUCAGCAGAUUGCAAAUGCCUUGGAUCAUGGAAAACUUGUACCUGAGGAGAUCAUUUUUGCUCUGUUAUCAAAGAGAUUGGAAGAUGGAUAA